AUGUCCGCGUCACCUGCGCCUCCAUCUGAGUCCUCAACCCCACCAGUAAACCGCCAUGCGCUCACAGCAGUCGAGAAACAGAAGCAGCAGCUCGAGAAGCUGCUCAAAGACCCGUCGAAGUCAGCCUAUGUUCCUCCUCCACCGAAAGAGAAGACGAUAAGGCCUCCGCGUGAGAUGAUGAAGAAUGUGCAGGGCUCGAGUGCAGGCGCAGGUUCGGGCGAGUUCCAUGUGUACAAGGCGAGCCGGCGGAGAGAGUACGAGCGACUGAAGCUAAUGGAUGAAGAAGCCCAGAAGGAGGCAGAGCAGGCCGAAUUUGAGAUGAAGCGGCGUGAAUGGGAGCAACAAGCGGAGGCGAAGACAGCCAAGAAUCGGGCAAAGCGGCAGAAGAAGAAGGAACGCGCGAAGGUCAAAGGGGUGGACAACGACACAGCUGGUCGUGCAGAGGCGAACGCGAGUACGUCGGCCGCGCCGCUGAAGAAGCGGAGACUAGUUAACGGGCAAGAGCUCGUGUUCCGGCGGCCGGGGGAAGAAAGUGACGAUGACGAUGACGAUGAUGUCGGGCCGCAGCCCAGUGUCUCGCAGCACAACGAGGCGGCACCGGGGCAGCCUCCUACUGUACCAGUGGCGGAGGCGCAACGAAUAGUCAUCCACGAGGAGGAUUAA